AUGGCGAACAACCCUCAGCAUCACGGACAGCAUCACAAUGGCCCGAACUGGAAGUGGACCGGUACACGCCUCGAUCACCCCGACGCGGUGCUCUCAGCCGAUGGAAGGUCAUGGACGAGCAGAACUCCGGGAGGAUUGCGUAUUCCAAGCAAACCUCUCCACAUUGACAAUUCGUCCAUUGAUCUCGAUGAAGAUCUAGGGCCUGCGCCCCAGCCAAGCACCUUCACGCGACGCGUCCGGCCUGAGAAACGCGCUGCCGAAGUUGCAUUCUUGGAACGCGUCCACCGAGACCGAGAAGCUAAUCGGGCUAUCGAAAGCUCAGGGGGAGAGCUGCCUGUGGAGGCAGAUGAGGAGGGCGGAGAAGUCGCGGAGAUAGGCGAAAAUGGAGGCAUGCUCCUCGAGAGUCCUAGAGUGCGUCGAACAUGUAGGCGCAAAGCUCGAAUCACCACUCAGCGCCCAGCUCGCCAGCACGAACAGGAGGCUGUAGAAGAAGGCGACGUGGUCGAGGCAGCUCUUGAAGCGGAAGCUGCUAGUCCACAACAUCAAGCCUCUACUAGAAAGCCUCCCGUGCGCAAGCAAGGUACCACUCGCAAUCGGGAGAAGCUCAUCAAUCCUCCUCGACAGGUCACAAGCCCAAGUCCAAUCCCGUUGCGCAYGGAUCAAAAUAUGGCUUCAUACCACGGUAGCAGGCCCAUCCCUAACGCCAUCGCAAGAAUGAGGAACGACAUCAAGAACCAUUUCAUCAAGCCUAAUGGUACCGUAAGGAAGGAGGAACUCUUCGCCAAGUAUGAAAAGCAGUUGCUUUUCCGAACCGACGGUAGAAUGGCUGCCAAGAAUCCAAUGAGUGAGUUCUACAUGGAUCGACGGCUCUUCAGCGCACCAAUGUGGGAGAAAUUGACGAUGGACUAUGUUAAGGACCACGAUAAGCCCGGUUUCCGCAAGAUCCGAUAUUCCGUCCACUUGAGGGGUAAGAAAGGCCAGCAUCGCAACUUCGAAGGUGAGCUCGCGCUCGAUGUACCACAGCCAGCCGCUUGGAUCGAGGAUGCGGAUUUGCCGUAUGAUGACGACGAAGACGAUGAGACGACCGAGAUGCCUGUCGCUGAUGGAGGAAACGCGGAUAGCAAGGAUGAUAUCGACGAUGGGAUGGACGUUGAAGGGGAGGAUGGCUCGGAGGAUGGGAGUGAGUAG